AUCGCGACACCCAUGUUCAGCUGCAGAAGCUCAGCACAGACGUUGUACCAACACUUCUGCAAUACGAGGAGUACGGAAAGGGAGUGGACAAGGAGGGAGGGAGCUUAAAUAAAAAGAAUUAAAAAAGGUGAAGCACGACCGUGUAAGCCGACUCCUGUGGAACUGCUGCAGGCGCUGAAGCCAAAGGGGAAGGGCUUUCUGUUUCUUUUCACUCGUGGCUGCAAGGAAGGAGGGCAGAGUCGCGCUGCUUAGACAAAUGUGGCUCUGCCCGAGGCUGCAGGACACGAUCUGGAGGACUUUAUUCCCGCUCGGCCGAAGGAGCGAGGUAGAGGCUGCCCGCCAUGGCUCUGCCGGGAGGCUGCUGGCGCGUGGCUCUCUCGGUGUUUUUCCUCACGGAGGUGCAGCUGUCCUUACAAAUCACCACUCCCUGUAUCAGUGAGCAACACUAUGAAUAUUUGGGACGAUGCUGCACCAAAUGUGAGCCAGGAAAGUACAUGUUUGCAAAAUGCACCACAACUUCAGAAACGGUGUGCCAUCCCUGUGGUCCAAAUGAAUAUAUGGAUGUCUGGAAUGAAGAAGAAAAGUGUUUGCUUCAUAAAAUAUGUGAUCACGGAAAAGCUUUAAUAGAAGUGAAUCCAGGAAACAGCACCUUUCAACGGCAGUGUGCCUGCACGGCUGGCUACCACUGGAGUGAAGACUGUGACUGCUGUCGGCGAAACACCAAAUGCCCACCUGGUUAUGGAGUGAAACAUCCUAUACAGCAAAAUAAGAAUACAGAGUGUCUGAAGUGUCCCACAGGAUUCUUCUCUAAUGUCUCUUCUGCAACCGAUGCCUGCAGAGCAUGGACUAACUGCACAGCUCUGGGAGCUGAGGAAAAAAUUCCUGGGAAUAAUUGGUCUGAUGCAGUUUGUAAAAUGCAACAGAAGACCUUUUCACAAGAAGAAACCAACAAGUUAUUUUAUAUGCUGUUUGCACCACUCCUUGUUGCCUUAGUUGGCAUUGCUGUCCUCACAAUUUACUAUUGCAAUAAGAGGAAAGCUCUGUCAGAGGAUUUACAAUACUGGGCUCACACACUGUGCAAGCAAAUAAAAGGGACAAAGGAUUCUCCUCGUGACACAUUUGUAAAUGCUAAUAUGGGAAGUCCUGCUGGUCUUCGGCUUCUGGAAGGGACAUAUUUAUUGGACCAUGAUGAAUAUUCCUUUCUGGGUGACUUAUGUUGCUCACAUGAGCACAUGCUGACUAGGAAAGCAGGUUCUGAUACAGUCCACUAUGGAUCAGGAGAAGAUUUCCCAACCAUGUCUCUUUCAGUGGUGUCUGAAGAUGACCAUUUCAGGCAGAUGCCUAUGGAAGAUGAAUAUAUGGACAGAAUGCAUCAAGGCCCCCAUUAUUUACCUUUACUGAGUCAAUCUGAAAGCCAACCCGUGUCACCUUUCUCGGAGCCACUGGAAGUGGGGGAGAAUGAUAGCAUAAGUCAGUGCUUCACAGGAAUGGAAAGUUUGGUGGAUCUAACAAGCCACUGCUCCUGUGGAAUGGACCACCUUCAGGCUUCUUCACAGAAAUGCCUGCAGAAUCCGUCCCCCUGUAGCAACAUGAGGAAUGUUGACAACCAAGACGGAGCUGCCUCUUUGUUAAUGCCAGAGGAGAGAAAUGUUUGCACUGCCUGUGGAGCAUCAUGUAGAGAAUUCAUCAGCAAGCCUGGCAGUGCCACAGAGUCUUUCAAAGAUAGUGGACCUUCUGCAAUUGGCAAUUGUGGCUUGGACUCUCUCUCUGUGGAUCAUAGUGGUUCAGGAAGCAAUGCUGAUACCGAAAGUGACCCAUCUGAUGGAAAUGAUACAAAACCUCAGAAUGCAAAAAGAGUGUCUGAGUCAAACUGGAGCAGUUCCGAUUUCCCAGCAGCGUCAGGAAAUGUGACUGGAAACGGAAACUCCACAUUCAUUUCAAGCGGACAAGUCAUGAAUUUCAAAGGUGAAAUCAUUGUUGUCUAUGUCAGUCAGAACUCCCAAGAAGGGUCUGUGCCUCCUGAAUCAGGUGAUGACGGCUUGGGGAGCCCAGUGCAAGAGGAGAAUCUGAACCGUUGUGAGACAUUUGCAGGCAAUGCUCACCAAUUUAAGGAAAAAUGUGCUGAAAUUAAUUCUGCUGACAGCAGGGACCACGAAGGACCUCCCAGUACUGUGAGAGGCUACCAGAGGACUUCAGGGCCUAUUGUCCAAGAGGAGGAUCAAAACAGGAAGUAUCAUUGUAAUGAAGACUCACAACCUGUCCAAGAGGAAGGAAAGCAAGAACAGUUUCUAAAGUAAGCUUUGCACUGAUGAAAACGAAUGACUGCUUGUCGGUUUCUGUCACGCAGUUAAAAAGAACACUAUCGAUCACUCGAUGCAGCCUGGAGGACAGGAACUGCACGGCAUGAAGCAGCCAAAAUCCUUACAUUUGUUGAUGAGAUUGCAAGUUGUUGCGACUGGCAAAUUAGUAGUAGGAUCUUUGCUCUUCUUGGUGAGUCUCUGCUGUGGAAGCGGAGAGAAUACUGCUGAAGGUUUUGAUGCCAUGUGGUAUGUUUCUCUCAGUCUUCCAGCCACAAGCUGAACAGUUGGGGAUUUCAGCACAAGAUGUGUUGCUGCCACUGCAGGUGUCCCAAAACGGGGGGUUACAUUCCCCAGCAUCUUGAACAGGCUGCUAGAAGCUCUAGUCUAAACAUUUGCAGUUAGCUAGAAUAGUAGAUUCAGGCUGUGUAGGAACAUGGCAUGAAAACACCAAUUGUUGUGUUCUUCAACCAUGAGGUGGCUCUGGCUUCAUCACCUUUGCUAUGGAGAAGAAAGACAAUAUUCCAGAGAUGUAGUUCUUAGUCCCAUGCUUUGAGUGGACCUUCUGCCACUUUUCUGAUGGUUUGUUUUAAAAACACCACAUCUGCAUGCACUGAUUUAAAUUUUAAUUCAACAGCUUGUUCUUUGAAAACAAAAUGCAUUUGAAAAGGGGCUGCAAAACUGGGAAACUCAAAACUCUGAGUUUAAAUAGAUCCGUGUCAGCAUGUGCUCCAGCCAGUCAAGGCUGUUCUCAGCUGGCUUCUUCUGCAAGGCUGCAGAACUGGUAUGGAUUGAGUUUGGCUGUGGAGAGAAAAGUGUGCUUGACCAGAGCAUGGUGUGUGUGUUCCCAGAACAGCUGUACUAAUUUGAUUUGCUGCGCAGCCUCUGAUUCUGAACUAAAACACCGUAAGAAGAAACUGUAAACUUUGAACAUGGGGUGAACCACUAUAAAUCACACUCUCAUUAAUAGUGUGAAGGCAGGCUGGGACUGCCAAGCAGCACUUUUCCUGAAGACAUGCAGGAAGGACGUGGAUGUGAAAGACAGUUGAGGAAGAACGGGGAAAGAUGCAGGCAUCGCCUGAAUUAAAAACCAUGCGGGUUGUGCAGUUGCAUUGCAUUGGCAUGCAGACAGCCGUGCCUCUGCAAAAUAACUUGCAGCUGAUACAAAUCCCAGCCUGCAGAUAGAGGCUCCUACAAACAUAGUUUAAGAUUUCUUGGCUGAACUGGUGCUGGCCAUACUGAGAACCCAGCACCACGGUGGGAAUCUCGCAAAACUAUUGAGAUGUACAUGAUAUAUUCCUUUUAUUCAAAAUGACUUAAAUUACACUCAUGAUUUUAUGAACCAAAAAGUGGAUCCUUACCUAGACAUUUAAAUCAAUUUAUUUGCUGAACAAUCUGAAUAUUAAAACUUCACUAGUA